GCGCAAUGCAGGACGAUCGAGUACCGAUUUGUAUACACUGAGCUGAGAACGACGUUAUUUACAUUAAUUUGUAUUUUUAAGAUGUCUGUGGAUUUGACAGUUUUGUAUAAAGCUUCGCCGAUGAGCACAAUCUACAAGAACACAAAAUUAGAAACCCUCGCGACUUGAAACUGUCUAAGAAUUGAACUUAUUCUCUUCCGAUUUUUCUCUUCGCUCUCCGCUCGUGUCAUCAUUCGUCGUUGUUCACCCCGCCCUCAUCUCCUGGCUUGCAAGUGUCGCGGUAACCCGAACGAAAUCUUGAGCCCAGCAAAUUACGUGUGGAUGUGAAACUUGAGAUUUCGAUUCAACAUUCCGUGUACCUGAGCUGUGUUCGCUGAAACCGUUGUUUUGUGGACUGAGAAGGAAGGAUGGGUGGGUCUAGAGCACUGUUCUACCCUACUCUCUACUGGAACGUCCUGAUGAAGAAUGUGACUUCAAGGAAUUGGUACGAUAGAAUAGACUCAACAGUUAUAUUAGGAGCUCUACCAUUUAGGAGUUAUAUCAAUCAGCUAAAAGAAGAGAAUGUAAAAGGAGUGAUAUCACUCAAUGAAGAUCAUGAACUGAGAAGACACACUCCUACUGUAGAGGAAUGGAGGAAGAAUGGCAUGGAGCACCUCCAACUGCCUACGGUGGACUUCACCGAGGCACCCAGUCUGGAGUACCUCGAGAGGGGCGUAGAGUUUAUCCAACGGCAUGCUAACGAGGGCACCAGUGUGUAUGUACAUUGCAAAGCAGGGAGGACAAGAAGCGCUACUCUGGUAGGGUGUUAUCUUAUGACGAUCAACCACUGCACUCCACAAGAGGCCCAGACGUUCAUGCAAGCGAAGCGCCCUCACAUUCUACUCAAGGACAAGCAUUUCAGAGCGUUAUAUCGUUAUUAUGAUAAGCAUGUCAAGAGGAAUCGCCCCAUCAAAACCAGUGAGCCAAAGGAUGCGUAGGUAAUGAUUGAACGUUUAUCGGAUUAUAGUAUUUCUAUUCUGAGAUGCAAGUCUCCUGGCUUCACGCCUGAGAACUUAGAUUUUGAGGCAUUUGUAAGGCUUUGUAUUGCACCAGUUGUAUGUAUGGGACUUUAUUGUAUUCUGACCUUUUUUAAUGCCCGGCGGGAACAACUGACUGGCAUCCAUGUUGUACUAAAAUGAGAAGAGUUAGGAGAUGUUGACUCGACAUUCAUCACCAAUAUACAGGGCUUCAUUACUCUAGUAGCUUUGCCAUGCAAUGGUAACUUCCCUGAAAUUCUUGAUUCUGAGUGGAUGUUGGGCAUUGCUACCAUGGCAGUUACCAUUGGAUGUCAAAGUUACUAUAAUAGUAUAGAUAUAUGGACUGCUUUGAGAGGCAUGGUUGUUUCUAGAGGCUCAAGGGGACCACAACGCGACUAUGCCCGAGGGCAUGGUCUGGCCGAUGCAGUACCCGCGAGCUGAAAGAAACUACCGUGUCUCGAAUACAAAAGCAGUCCAUAUAUAUUUUAUGAACCGAAUUAAACGUUAGAUCUAGGGCCUAGUCUAGAUCUAGGUCUACAUGUAAAUCUUAAACAAGAACUUAUGCCUAAAAGCCCUAGGCCCCAGGCUAACGUUAGGCCUAGGCCCCAAGUUAGCCCUGCCCCUGACGUUAGGUCUCGAAGUCGAAUAUUAAAGCAGUCCAUACUGGUAACGUUAGUCAGGUAGGCCGAACGUUACAUAUUUGAGGAACCAAAUAAUUAGAGUCUGUAUAGAUCUAUUCUAACAUUAACAAUCUUAGUUAAAUCUCCAUUAGAGUCUAGAUCUAACGUUAGAUUUAACCCUCUAGCACCUACAGAUUCCUAUGCAUAAUGGCAAUUACUCACUGGAGGAAACAAUAAAACUGGUAAUAAGUAGGCAUUGUUCCAAACAAAUUGAAAUAUUUUUUUAUAAAUUUACUUUUGUUCAUUACAAGUUAUAUUUAUUUUGUAGCAUAGGACCUGUUGAAUAGAAUGGUACAUGACAAAGUUCAAUCAGAUGUACGAAUAUUGACCUUUCACAAUCGUUUGCAGAGCGAGAAGAAAAAAACCAAAAAGUUCGGGUUUCAGCCGCCCCAGUCCCACGUCUUCAAAAAAAUGUAAAGUAUCACUGACAGAAUACUAAAGUUUUCGCCAAAUCUUGGAUCAAAUAUGUCAAAAAUUAAUUCCAACUCACAUCUAGAUGUCACUCUGUGUGAUAUCCAACGUUUUGAUGAACAUAUAGCAAGGCCCGAGCUUCUUCGGCGAAGUAAGUGGUUUUCCGAGACAUGGACGCAGCCAUCUUUGCUGAGAUUGACUGCGCAACAGUCUGGAACUUGCUACACACCGAUGCAUGUCAAUCGGUUUUUCUCUAUCAUACUCAAUAGGAGCAUACACUUUUCUAUGCAGAUCUAUGUAGCAGCCAACCUAUACGGUAUGCACACGCAAUAUUACCACGGUAAAUCAUAGACAAGAGAUACUAUAGCGCAAAGAAAACGUACGGACGGUUAAGGGCGGUUCAGUGUGAAAUAGGAAGGGCGGUCUCGGGCGGUUCAGGUGCUAAAGGGUUAAGUUAGACUACGCCAGAUCUAAGAUUAAACAAAACGUUAGGCCUAGUUAGAUCUAGAUCUAGAGUCUACUCUUAAAUUCUAAGCUAGCUAACGUUAGAUCUAAUCACUGCAGAAAGCAAUAGUUUGCAUGCAAUCAAAUGGGGAUCUCGGCCAAAUUUUGCUAUGCCCGUCAUUAUGGGGCGGGUCAGGGGGCAACGGGCAGAAAUCUUGUUAACUAUGCCCGUUGACCUUGGUUACCACCUUAGUUUGUUGUUUUGCAGGCAUGGUGGAUUACAAUUUUGACCAAUCAGAGGAAUGGAUUAUCCGACAUUCUUAAAGAGAGGUUUAUAAUAACUUUUAUGCAACUGGGCCCAGGUAGUACUACAUACAGGUAACUUUGCCUAUGUCAAAUGUUUUAAGAACCACAGAUGUGGCUCCCAUUGCAUAUAAGGCUACCAUUAUUUUGCCAUCCAAUGGCAUCUUUCAUGGACUCCUUCAUUCUGAUUGGGCAUUGUUACCAUGGAAGUUACCAUUGGAUUGCAAAGUUACUAUAAUAGUAGCUUUUAUGCAAUGGGUCCCUGUUCGACUUUGAAGAGGUAUGCCUGUAUUUUAUUCACAUAUUCUGGGCCCUGUUGCAUAAAAGUUACCACUAUGGUAAAAUUGGUAACUUUGCCAUCCAAUGGUAACUACCAUGGUAACAACGAUCGACAGCCAAUCAGAAUCGAGGAUCCCCUGCAAGUUACCAUUGCAUGGCAAAGUUACAAUAAUGGUAGCUUUUAUGCAACAAGGCCCUGGUCGAAGUAGUUGCUUUGACUUUGUCGAAUAUUUACAUUCUGGAAUGUUGACUGUAUGAAGUUUACCUAGAGAUUCUCACCUUGUGUAAUGUGCCCCCAUCGUAACUAUGCCCUCGGUCAUUCAGGGUUUAUGAUCAUUGUGAUCAAUACGAUUGGAAAGUAGCAUUGAAGACUGACACACUGAAGCCUUUCAACAUGCACCCAUCGGACCAAAAUUGUUUCAAGUGAACUGUUAAUUUUCUUUAAAUAUUAAUAUAGAGGAAACCAGAUUCCAAGGCAAGAAUCAUUCUCAUUGGAAAGAGUAAAAAGAGAGGUGCAGUUUCAAACAAGUCUCAUCAAAAUUGGUUAUAAAAUAAAGAGUUUUAUGGAAGUUUUGAAAAGUCUUAUCGUAUUUCUAUGGGGAUCAUGAAAUUGGCAAACGUGCUUCAGGAUGGUUGAUUUUGUGGGCAACUCUCCAUUUGUUUUAUAAAUUAGUACACAAAUGUUCAUAUUUUUCCCUUUACUCUGCAUAUUUUUUUAAUUAUCUUCUCAUGGCCUUGGCAUGUGUUGUGUGGGUUCCAUGACAUAUGCACCGGCUCGAUUGCUCAAAUGCAAGUUCCACACAUCAGUGGAAUUACCAACUUCAACCCAGGAUUUAACACUAUACCCUAUCCUAAACCUACAUGUAAUUUAAAACUCUAUUGCAACCCUAACCCUAAAUCUUAGAUGAAAUAAAGCCCGGAGCAAAUGUCUUGUCACCGUUGUGUGAAAUAUAAUUUUCCCAUGACAUACGGUAUAAUGUGCUCAUCAUGCAACUUGAAAGAUAAUGGGGGAAAAUCUGAAAUUUGUGUAAUAAACAAAUGGAGAGUUGCCCAUGAAAUCAGCCAUUUUGAUGCAUGUUUGCCAAUUUCAGGAUCCCUAUAGAAAUACAACAAGUUUUCAAACUUCCAUAACUCUAUUCUUUUAUAAACGAUUCUCAUGAAACUUGUUUUAAAUUGCUUCCCUAAUUUCACUCUUUUCAAUAAGAUUAAUUCUCUCCUUGGGUUUUGGUUUCCUUUAAUGUGAUUUUACUCUCAUGAGCGCAUGUUGAAAAUCAAAAGUGUACUUUGUGUUCAUUGCUGUUUUCUGAUUAGGCAGUACCAGGCACUCUACAUGUAUUCAACAAUAUUUUGUAAAUUGAAUUUGUUAAAAAUGGCUGAAGAUGGUUUUAGUGACAUGGUACCAGAGAAGGACUUUAUGACAGUAAGAUUUUAAUGUAUGUUACCUUGAGUUUUUUGUGUUUAAAUGUUAUAAUUUGUGUAUUUCUGCUUUAAUAUUACCAAGGAAGGAGCUGUAUUAUAAUGAAGGGUGGCAGCACUGUAGGACAGGGAAGGGGGGUGCAACCCCAAAACAGGUGGAAGGAAAAGGGAAGAAAAAAGGAUGGAAGAGGAAAGAAAGAAGAGUGGAAGAGGAAAAAAAGAAGAGUUUUAAUAGAGGGUCAUUUUGUGAAACUAUUGUUACCCCUACUGGCCCUAGACUUGAGGGGAAAAAUAUGCCCCCCCCCCUACUCCAUCUCAAAAUGCCUUGAUGUUACUCCAUAUUAUCGUUAUUAUUAUCAUUAUAAUUAUUAUUAUGAAUGAAUCAAUUCCAGAAAUCGUUGUCAAAAUUAUAUGUAUUCUAUUGUAGCAUGUACAUUUCAGCCAUCUGCCUUGUAUAGUAAAACAAUAUGUGACAAGAACUGUCUUUCAAUUUUGUAUUUAAGUGCACUAUUUUUCAAUGCAAAUUUUAUAUGUUCACUAUAUUAUUCACAUAACCGACAUGAUUAAAUAUAUAUGUAAAGGUCAGAGAACAAGUUUCUACCACUUUCUUCAUGUACAAUCUAUUAAAGUCAAAUCUCUUUGGGUUUGAGUUUGAGGCAAUUGUUUGAAUUGGGAAACUAAGGUGUACUAAUAUGCAUAGUCUACUCUACUGUAUACUACAUGUAUAUUCAAAUAGAUGAUUCAAAGCAAAUCUUCAAAAGUUCAAAUUCAUAAUAUGUUGUAUGAGUUCUCUCUUGGAUAUGUAUAACGCAUCUUUUUAGAUGAAAUUAAAUGAAUCUGAGAAGUUUUGUUGAAUCCAAUAAUAAAUGAAGACUUAUUAAUCACUAUUUUCAUCAACAAGUAUUACACAAUGUCUGACAGCUGAGUAGAGAUCAGCAUUGUAUCAACCCGUAUUUAUGGGAUUUUUAAAAAUCUUAAACUAUAUUGAAAUCACCUUUUAAACUUUUAAAACUUUUCCCCUCUACAAAAUACCAUAGUGCCUCAAUAAUGUGGGUCAGUUAUGAAAGUUGGGGGAAGGGGGGGGGGGGGGGCUGAAAAUGUUACAUGUACAUGUAUUAACAUUUGAUUCUAUUGUGCUUGACAUAAAUCUAUUUAUUUCUUUUUCAUUAUAGGAUAAUUGAUUUGAACAUAAUGACUCGUAUUCUGAGCAUGGAUUUAACUUUAUAGGCCAUGGUCCGGGCUAGAAUUAUGGAAAGCCAUCAUUGUUAUAAUUGUGUUUUCAUUGUUUGCAUCUUUCAUUCAUUAUCUUCCUUUUCUGUGUUUUAAUGGUGAAAUAAUUUAUUUUAGUUAUUAUUCCCGGGCAGUUGUAAAUAAAUUGAGCAACAAAUUAAACCUAGAUUGUUGGGAGAUUUUUGUCGCAAUUGGCUAUCCAUAGUCAAAACCACAACUUUAGACCAGAGUUUAAUUUAAACAUGGCUUCAGAAUACGGGCCAACGAGAUGAUUGCUCAGGGGCAUGCACAACUCAUUUCUGGAAAUACAUCU